AUGGCAGUAUCCAUAGGAAAAAUUGAGUGUUUUGAUAACACAAGUGAGACUUGGCAAAAUUACGAAGAACGUCUCGGGCAGUAUUUCAUAGCCAACGGUGUGAAAGACGAGAAAAAGGUGCCUGCGUUACUAGCACUAAUUGGACCUACCACUUAUGCCGUGCUUCGUGACUUAACCUCACCAACUGUACCAAGUGAAAAGACUUACAAUGAGCUUACUACUUUAUUGCAGACACAUUUCAACCCAAAGCCGUUGACAAUUGCGGAAAGAUUUCGGUUCUAUAAGCGUGAUCAACGUGCAGGCGAAUCAGUUCAAGACUUUAACAUAAGUUUACGUAAAUUGUCACAACAUUGUAACUUUGGCGAUGGGCUAAAUGAAGUGUUAAGAGAUAGAUUCGUUUGCGGGUUAAGAAAUGAAAACAUACAAAAGAAACUUCUCAGUGAGAAAGAUCUAACAUAUGAAAAAAGCAUUGAAAUCGCAACUACAAUGGAACUUGCAAGCAGAGAUGUCAAUGAAGUUCAUGGCAAGGCUAUAAGUGUAGAUAAAGUAUCUGCUUCUAAUAAAUUUCCUAAGAAAAAUUUUCAGAAAGGAAAUAAAGACAAACAAUUCAAAUCCCCAAUCAAUAAACCUAAGGUCGAAAUAGGGUGUUUCAGAUGUCUAAGGAAGAACCACACACCAGAACAUUGUAAAUUUAAAGAUUCAGUGUGUUAUACCUGUGGUAAAAAGGGACAUAUAGCUCCAGCAUGUAAAAGUGUAAAAGGCAAAAGCAAAGCCCAGGUGCAUCAAAUGUCGGAUGAAGAGGUCGAGGAUGAAGAAGUUUCGCUUUUUAACGUUCGUUCAAAUACAAACGGAAGAGAUAUAAUUUGGGUAACACCAGUUAUUGAAGGUAAACAAAUCCGCAUGGAGCUUGAUACGGGUUCGGGCGUGUCCAUUAUAAAUUCAGAAGAUUUUGCAAAAUUAUGGCCAAAUGCUAAGUUACAAAAGACAAGUCUGAAAUUACAGUCUUAUACAGGGGAGAUAAUAAGACCCCUUGGAGUGAUAAGCGUUAAAGUUGAACUUAACGGACAAAGUGAGGACUUGAACCUUUACGUUGUUGAAAAAGGAAAUAGACCAAUUUUAGGUAGAGAAUGGCUUCACUUUCUUAAGUUGAAUUGGGCAGAGAUCAAAGCUCUCCAGUAUGUUUCGAGUAAAAGUUUGGAUUCGUCGGAGGUGGAAAAUCUCAUGAAGGCUCGUUACGGUGAAAUAUUUCAAGACAAUUUAGGACAUGUGAAAAAUGUAAAAGCAAAGCUUAGACUAAAGAAAGAUGCAGCACCGCGUUUCCAUAAAGCUAGGCCUGUACCACUAGCCUUGAAACCUAGAAUUGAAAAAGAAUUAGAAACACUGUUGGAAGCAGGUGUGCUAGAAAAGGUAGACUACAGUGAGUGGGCUACACCAAUAGUCCCCGUCCCGAAAAGUAAUGGUGAGAUCAGAAUUUGUGGGGAUUUCAAAGUAACAAUAAACCCGUUAUUAGAAAUUGAUCAGUAUCCGUUACCGCGAAUAGAAGAUAUAUUCGCUUCUAUAGGUGCCGGGAAGAAAUUUUCGAAAAUUGACCUGAAAAACGCAUAUCUUCAAGUCGAAGUCGAUGAAGAAAGUAAAAAACUUCUUACGAUUAAUACACAUAAGGGCUUGUUUAGGUAUAAUCGUUUAGUGUUCGGGGUGGCACCUGCAGCAGCAAUUUUCCAACGUUUGAUAGAGCAGAUUGUUAGCGGUAUACCAGGAGUGCAAGUAAUAUUGGACGAUAUGAUUGUGACAGGAGCCACAGACGAGGAACAUUUAGCAAACCUUGAACAAGCUCUGAAACGUUUACAGGAUAAUGGCUUCAGAUUGAAUGUAAAAAAAUGUGCUUUCUUCCAGGAAGAAAUAGAAUUCUGUGGACACAAAAUAGAUGGUAAUGGUCUACAUAAAACAGAAGAUAAAAUUAAAGCAAUGGUAAAUGCCCCAAAUCCUACAAACGUGAAAGAACUGCGCUCUUUUCUGGGUUUGAUCCAAUAUUAUGCGAAAUUUCUUCCAGAUCUAGCGACUAUCUUACAUCCCUACAUAAACUUUUAG